GUGUUCUCCAGGGUCGUCGGCCGGGGUACUUUCUCUUUCCUGGAUCCGUUCUCUCCGGGGGUGUGGCUCUUCAUGCUGCUGGCCUAUCUGGCCGUCAGCUGCGUCCUGUUCCUGGUAGCACGUCUGACUCCGUAUGAGUGGUACACCCACCCCUGUCUGAAGGGGCGCUGUAACCUCCUCAUCAACCAGUACUCCCUGGGGAACAGCUUCUGGUUUCCUGUGGGGGGGUUCAUGCAGCAGGGCUCCACCAUCGCCCCCCGCGCCCUCUCCACCCGUUGUGUCAGCGGGGUCUGGUGGGCGUUCACACUGAUCAUCAUCUCAUCCUACACUGCCAACCUGGCAGCGUUCCUGACGGUGCAGAGGAUGGAGGUCCCCAUCGAGUCAGUGGACGACCUGGCUGACCAGACCGCCAUUGAGUACGGAACCAUGCACGGAGGAUCCACCAUGACCUUCUUCCAGAACUCGCGGUACCAGACCUACCAGCGCAUGUGGAACUUCAUGCACUCCAAGCAGCCGAGCGUGUUUGUGAAGAGCACGGAGGAGGGCAUCGCCCGCGUGCUUAACUCCAACUAUGCCUACCUGCUGGAGAGCACCAUGAACGAGUACUACCGCCAGAGGAACUGCAACCUCACCCAGAUAGGAGGCCUGCUGGACACCAAGGGAUAUGGCAUCGGCAUGCCCGUUGGGUCCCUGUACAGGGAUGAGUUUGACCUGGCCAUUCUGAAACUGCAGGAGGAGAACCGUCUGGAGAUCCUGAAGAGGAAGUGGUGGGAAGGAGGGAAGUGUCCUAAAGAGGAGGACCAUCGAGCCAAAGGUCUGGGCAUGGAGAAUAUUGGGGGCAUCUUCGUGGUGCUGGUGUGUGGCCUGCUGGUGGCCAUCUUCAUGGCAGUGUUGGAGUUUGUCUGGAUGCUGAGACAGACGCCAGGACACGAGCUGUCUGUGUGUGAGGAGAUGUUCCGGGAGCUGCAGGGGAUCGUUCUGUGCCGGGAUAGCCUGCAGCUUCGCCGCCGCCGCACCCCCGCCAUGCUCCGGCCACGCCCCCUGCCUCUGGAGGAGCGCCGGGCUCGAGCUGCGGCCGUGAACCUCAGUAACGGGAAGCUGUGUGCCGGUACCGGGCUACCGGAGCCCCUGUCGCACAGACUGGCUCAGGAGGCAGCGCUAGUGGCCCGCGGCUGCAGCCACAUCCGGAUCUGCCCGGAGUGUCGGAGGUUCCAGGGUCUCCGCCUGCGACCGCCAGGACCGGGCGCUGUCCUGCCCUCGCCCACUCACAGCGACGAGAGCAUAGAGUGGGAGAAGACAACCAAUAGCAGCGAGCCUGAGUAACCCCCCCCCCUCCCCCCUUCACACAAACACACACCUGCUCUCUGUCACCCAGAAACUCUACCCAGCUGACACUUUCCCACUCCCACUGGGGGGGUUAGCGGUUGUCCUGAGGUUUACCUGGAAGGGCGGGGGUCUUGUUUAUCCGGGUGGGGGGACCCCUGUCCAAAACGGAGCUGGGCGUUGGCAAUUGCAGAAUGCUGAUUGGAAACUAGUCAUGGAAUGUUGUGUUUGUGGUUAUUGUCCAGAUCUCAGAUGGGAGACAGAAAGUGGUCAUCGAAUGGACUGACCCUAUUGGCCCACCGCCCUGUGUAGCACAGGAAGAAUACAAAGACAGACAGCUACUUUGUACUAUGCAGUAUUUUCUGUCAUGCGUCGUGCCGUUGAUCUCUUUUAUAAGUUAUUUCUUUCCUCUGUUGUGUUACUAGUAUUGAUAUUGAUACUGUAUUCUACUGUUCUUUCAAGAAUUCAACAUUUCUUUACCUGGAGAGUUUAUGGACACUCACCUCUGCAGAGCAGAAGAAAGGCAGACUCUAAAAGCACUUAAGAUGCCACAUUGUUCUUUGAAGAAAAACUGCUACUUUGAAGGUGCCAAAAACAUACCAACAGUCUAUUACAGAAGGUGCUAUGGCCUUCGGAAGAAUACAAAGAAAUCACGCACACACAUUCACACUCAAACACACACUCACAACCACUCAUGCACACACACAUACAAUCCCUCUCACACACACGCUCAAGGACUUGUUUUAUAGUAGUGAUAUUCUAUACAAAAUAAGUUGUAUCUUGAUCUCUGAGACACAGCAGUGCAUGUCAGAAAGAGUCAGUGCAGCUGAUUGGCUAGUUGAGAGGUUCUCAUAGAAGUUAGAAGCCGUUGCCUAGAAACACAGCACCCUGACGGAACAAGACCUUGUCCCUGACACCUCCCACUCCCUGUGUCAUGCAGGUCAUCCAUAAACGUUUUAUAAAUGCUUUCGUUUAUGGUUACCACUCUCUGGUUACUAAACUUGUGCUUUAAUCUUUUUAUUCCUGUCUUUCAUGCAGUGUUUAUGUCCUCAGUCUAUUCACCCACCUCUAUUUAAAACUGAAAUGAAUAGGCCCUCUAUUUCCUAGUGGAAGUGAGGCUGGAGUCCUCUAAAUGUCUAAUCUUAAUUCCUCAUGAAGCGCCUAUGGUGAUAUUACCUGCACCAGUAGCCGUAGGACAGUUUCUGAGUAAAGUAGGUUUCCUUCAAACUUCGUCAGACAGAUAAAGCUGUUACCUUGGCCUGUGACAAACAGCGAAAGGGAUGUCUGGGCAGGCAAUGAUAGGGCUGAAGCCUGUCUAUCUGUCAUUAGAGCUCUCUGAUAGGUCCAUCAGUCUGUCUGUGCCCUGGAAGCGGUGCCAAUCAGAAAAGGACAGCCACUGAAACCAUGACAAUGCUUGGUCUUAUUGGAGCAGACCAGGUAUGACAUAUUCAUUACUCUUGGUCAUGUCUAAUAGGAACAAGAUCAAUACAUCAUGUCCAAGGAAGACGUCCCCUGGAAUCAACUUUGUUGAUAACUAUCUGAUGCCAUCAAAUUCAAAGUUUUAGACUAUAAUUUUUAUGACAUUUGCCCUCAAAGAACUCACUUUAUUUUCAAAUAAACCUUUUUUCAGUCCUAAACAACAAUCGUUCUCCUCCCACACACACACACAGGUCACUAUAGAAGGUAAUACUUGUUAUUUAGUAUGUGAUUAUGUUUAUUAUGAAGAUGAUGAAGAUGAAAAGUGAUGAUCCCUGCCUGGAGUAGGUCAUUCAGACUUAGUGUCUGAGUCUGUACGGAGUUGAGGCUUUCCUGUUUGGAGGGGUGAAGAGAGAAGGAGAGGGAUACAGGGGAUGAAGGGAUGGGAGGAAAUAAAGGAGGUAGAGAAGGAUAAAAAAUGAAAGAGAGAAGAAGAGUGAGGAACAAUCUGUACAGUUGAACUUGUUACGUUGUCUGGAAGAUGGUGUUGCCAACUGGCGGUGUGGAACUGUUGGGGGCGUGGUGUCAUUGUGGGCGGGACUCCGCUGGGGGGGGCAAGAUGGUUCCGCCCUACUGCAGUGUGUAAAUACAGUCUCAUCUACAGGGUUUCCCAGGCCUGGCUCCCGGGGUUUCUGGGCAUAUCAUCUCUAAUGCACAACAAACAGAUCCCUCCUAUCCACACACAGACACACACAUCCUUUACACACUCAAAUUUUACACGUCCUGUGCAUAGCUAUCUACCAGCACACACACACAGGAAAUGACAUACCAAAUUCACACCUUUAAUUAGUGUAGUCUGUAGAACAAGAGAUAGUGUUAGGUGAUUGUAAAAAGAUGGAUGGAUUUGAGUUGUGAGCCACACACUCAAAUUGUAAAGAUACCAGCACACGCAAACACACACACACAAACCUGCUCUCUGUCACCCAGAAACUACUCUCACACACAGUAAAUUGUGUUUGCAAUACCAAAUUCACACUUUUAAUUGGUGCAUUCUGUCGAACGAGAGAUUAUAGUGUUAGGUGAUUGUCAAAAUAUAGGAGCCACGGAAGGAUUUAAGUUAAACCAACUUGAAGGCUUAUGUGCUGUACAUACUAACUUAAUAAACACUGAAAACAUUUACAUAAGUGCUAAAUAAGAUGUGGUUUAAAGGAGAUUGCCAAUUACCUCUGAGUCUAACAGGGAGCAAGGAUUGUAUAGAAUUAUAACCAAUCCCAUGGAGAGCCCCUGGGAGCCAAACUGGGAAACCCUGUAUAGUAUGGCAGGGGUUGGCUGCUAUAUUUUAUAUGCUUUAUUUUCUUAUGUUGUCAUUUUUAUUCCACUAUAAAUACAUUUGUAAAAACAUUAAAACUCCGUUCUGGGGUGAUUUUCA